GCCGGGGCCCCCUGCCCGCGAUGCCCACGGAUCCCGGUUUAAUGGGACCAGAGAUCCGAAAACGGACAGGCGAGGGGCGAGUGCACGGACCGCGGGCCCUUGGCUUCCAAAUAGGCGUGUACCUGUGCGAUCGCGAUGGCCUCUGGCACUGAGCCCGAGAGCGCUGCCCACUUAGGCUCCUGGCGUCCUCCCCUCCACUGCGGGCUGCCAUCUGGGUGAAUGAAUUCGGAGAAAGACAGCAAAUUCUCAGCUCUCUGUCAGAUAUCUCCGAGUCCAUUGAUGACUUGAACAAGUGGGCCCUCUAUCUUGUUUCUCCUCUCAUACUUGAAGCCGAACACAUAGCAUUUGUGACAGAGAGCGUUUGGGUGCAGGGGGAGAAUCUGCAGAGGCCGUCUUCCCCUACAGAAACCAGAGAGAGGAAGGGAGAGGGAGAGAAACAUCGAUGUGAGAGCAUAACAUUGAUCAGCUGCCCCCCGCACAAUCCCCGGAUCGAGCCCACAACCGGGCAUGUAUGUGUCCUGACUGGGAAUCGAACCAGCAACCUUCCAGUCACAGGACAACACCCAGCCAACUGAACCACACAGCCUGGGGCCAAUCUGUCACAUGUUUAGGACGAUACAACCCUUACAGAUGCUGAAAGCGAUACCUUUAUUGUGAGGUGGUCAGACUGUUGUUUGCCGUUAGCUUGCAGACCUGGGGACCCUUACCAGUUAAUCGCCAAAGCGAGCGUGGAUGACUUCAGCAAGCUGGGGGUGGCGUUCAUGGAAGACAGACUCCAGAUGGCUAACGGGUUGAUACCCCAAAAGAUUGUUUCGGUGCACCUGCAGGACUCCACUCUGCAGGAGCUUAAGGACCAGGCCGCGACCAAGCCAGCCCGCAGCCUGCAGCCGAGCCCCGAACCUGCUGUCCAGGGUGAGCCUGAGCCGGGCGUCAUGGAGCACGUUGGCAAAGAUGACCCGGCGGUUCUUGGUGCAGAACCCACCCCAGGGCGAGGCGGCGCCUCCGGGAACGAGGCCGCUGGGGAGAGCGACAGAGGAGAGGGCUGCACCGAGCUCUGCGGCCUCCACCUGUCUAGUUGCCACGAGUGUUUGGAGCUGGAGAACAGCACCAUCGAGUCCAUCAGGUUUGCAUCUGCAGAAGACAUCCCCGAUCUUCCCUACGACGCCAGCGGCAGCGGGGAGGGUGCGGCUGAGGCCAUCUGCCCCGAGAGAGAAGGGAGGAGAACCAACCUCACGGGGAAGGCGCCCAACAUCCUCUUCUACGUGGGCUCCGACUCCCAGGAGGCCCUGGGCCGGUUGCAGCAGGUCCGGGCCGUUCUGGCUGACUGCGUGGACCCCGACAGCUACACGCUCUACCACCUGCCGGAGGAGAGUGCGCGCCAAGACCCGUGGCCAGACAACUGCCUGCUGUUGGUCAUUGCCACCAGGGAGCCUAUUCCCACAGACGUGCAGCAGAAGUUCCUGGCCUACCUCUCCCAGGGCGGGAAGGUGCUGGGCCUGUCUUCGUCCUUCACGUUGGCUGGCUGCCAGGUGACCAGCAAGGACGCGCUGCAGGAGACGGUGCAGAGCCUGGUCUUCUCCAAGGCCGACCAGAGCCAGGUGACGCUCAGCGUCCUGAGCAGUGGCUGCGUUUAUGAGCAGGGGCCCGGGGAGCCGCUCCGCCCGGGCCAGCUCCAGGGCCACCUGGAGAACGAGGACCAGGACAGGCUGAUUGUGCAAGUGCCUUUUGGAGCGCGUGGAGGAGAGGCUGUGCUCUGCCAGGUGCACCUGGAACUACCUCCCGGCUCUCCAGUUGUGCAGACUGAAGAAGACUUCAACCUGCUCAAGUCCAGCAACACGAGGAGGUACGAAGUCCUGAAGGAGAUCCUGACCGCCCUCGGCCUCCGCUGUGACGUGCAGCGCGUCCCUGCCUUAACGCCUCUUCACCUGCUGCCGGCCGCGGAGGAAAUCCGGGACCCUCUCCUGCGGUGGCUGGAGAGACGUGUGGAUGCUGGAGGAGUGAUAAAAUCCAGCAAGCUCUCCCUCACCUUUGUCCCAUGCCUGACGCCUGAAAUAGAGGUCACCCCAGCGGCUCUCCCCGUGGUGACUGACGCGACGGCCUUCUCGUCCGCACAUUUUGACUUGGAGAUCUACCGGCAAAACUUGCAGACAAAGCAACUGGGGAAAGUAAUUCUGUUUGCUGAAGUGAUGUCCUCCACCAUGAAUCUUCUGGACGGGUUGAUGUUUGAGAUGCCGCAGGAAAUGGGUUUAAUAGCCAUCGCAGUCCGCCAAACACAGGGCAAAGGGCGAGGAGGGAACGCGUGGCUGAGCCCCGUGGGAUGUGCUCUUUCCACGCUACUGGUCUCCGUCCCACUGAGGUCCCUGCUGGGACAGAGGAUCCCGUUCGUCCAGCACCUGAUGUCCCUGGCUGUGGUGGAGGCGGUCCGGUCCAUCCCCGGGUACCAGGACCUCAACCUUCGGGUGAAGUGGCCCAACGACAUUUACUACAGUGGCCUCAUGAAGCUCGGCGGAGUCCUGGUUAACUCGACGCUUGUGGGAGAGACGUUUCAUAUUCUCAUUGGCUGUGGAUUUAACGUGACUAACAGUAACCCCACCAUAUGCAUCAAUGACCUCAUCACAGAAUACAAUAAGAAGCACGGGGCGGACCUGGCGCCCUUAAGAGCUGAUUAUCUCAUCGCCAGAACGGUGACGGUGCUGGAGAGCCUGAUUGACACGUUUCAGGACGCAGGGCCCAGCGGGGUUCUCCCCCUUUAUUACAAGUACUGGGCACACAGUGCCCAGCGAGUCCGCCUGGGGAGCGCCGAGGGGCCGGAGGCGUGGAUCGUCGGCCUGGAUGACUCCGGGUUCCUCCAGGUUCACCAGGAGGGUGGCCAGGUGGUGACUGUGCAUCCGGACGGCAACUCCUUCGACAUGCUCCGCAACCUCAUCGUCCCCAAGCAGCGGUAGUGCCGUGGGAAGGCGGCCGGCCGGGGGCGCGCAGAGCGGGCCUGGUGCUGGGACCACUCAGGACUGGCCCCGGGCAUGGCCACCGCAGCAAGCAUUCCAGUUCGGGCCUGCUCUUUCCUUGCCCACAGAUCUAGAACGCUAGCUUAGAGGUGUGGGCGAACGUCCUCUCCCUCCGGUUAACCUGUUAGUCCUUGAAUUUUGUUCUGUCAGUUAUUUCCUCGGGUGAUGGGAGAAGAUCUGGGGGGAGGGUUGCUGCAAGGAAAAGGUUUAGUUCAGGUAAAGUCCUACCAAAGGUGUGACAUUGUCCCCCCUCUUGGGCCUGGAAGUGUGUUUAUUGCAACCCCCCAAAUAUUUUUACCUGGAAACCACAAUGGAAUAAUUCAAACCUUUCCCAGCGGUGGAGACCUUUCCCCCUCGACUAUUAAAAGGCAAAUCAGAGACAGCUCCGGGCUGCGCGUUGGCAGGCGGAGGUGCAGCAGCUGUUUACAGCCCCGGGCGGCUUCCUGCGGGGCAGACUGGCACUCCGGGGAGGCGGAGGCGGCGUCACUUCUGUGUUAAUGAAGAGACGGCGGUUGGAGGUCCAGUGGCGGGGUCUGGUGGCCACAGAGGCGGGCAGCUGGGCCGGCUGCGAUGGUCUGCAGAGGAAAUGGGUUAAUUACUCUGACUGGUUUCUGAGCUCUCCUUUCAGAGCUUUAAUUUCACUGCGUAUUCCGAAGUGAUGGGAUCAGGGUCAGGGCCCUUCAGGGCUGAUGAGGCCUUGCCCAGAUGUGGGUACGCCGGGCUGACAGCUGGGGAUGGAGGCGGCUUUGGAACGUUCUAGUGAGACUGCUCACAGGACACAGAAGCACGUGGCCUGGUCUUUGUCAGUCAUUAUUUUUUGCCCCUUCUGAUACAGACAAGAAAGAAAAUGUGAUUGA